GCGUGUUUUGUGUUUUCCACCGCAGGCAAACAAACAUAAAUUCCUCGUUCCGCCUGACAGUGAUGUGUCUCUACCAAGAUGUCGACUGAGGGAUCAGUUAGCACCACCAGUUCUGUUAUCCGGCAAUUCGGCUUAUACAGAUCCAUCGAUGCGAGGACUGAGGAGUUCCUCAGGCUGUCGAGAAAACGGCAGAUGAGGCAGGGAUGCGCCUGCGCAGCUAUCUCUACCGCUAUCACCGUAACCGUUGUAAUUAUAGUUCUACUAAUCUACGAAUAUAUGAUUGUAGUAGAAACAAAUAUAGUACAAAAAAAGACGAGCUUAAAUAAAAUCAGAUUUGUUGGAAAAGAUAAACCGAUUGCCGAGAAACUUGAUAGAAGUCACUUUGGAUUUGAUCAAGAGUAUUAUGAAAAAAUGCCACUACUUGUGAAUGCCAUGCAAGAAGUAAGUUAUGUAGAUCCAUUAGGAGAAACAUCUAUAUCUCGUUCAAGAAAAAGACACUUUAGCAGACAUCAGUUAAAACCUUCAACAACUACCGCAGAUAAUAGAUUUAUAAGAAGAACUAGUCCUAGACCUUUUAUGUUUGAAUAUAGAAGUCCAUACCCGAUGCCUUUUUCAAAGAUACAAAGUACUCCAAGGACCUGGAUAGAACAAUAUCGUAAUGCACAAAGGGUGAAAAACCUACACGAUGUCAUAAAAUAUCUUGAAAAGACUUUGAAUGCAAAAUUUGGUGAUUUGAUACCCACGCGAGCAGAGAUAGCCUACUCAGGAAUAUACGUGCCAGCUACUGAGCAUUCAAACAGAAACUCAUAUUUACCUAUGAACGACCACAUACCACAAGAGUCACAAAAUUAUAAUAUAAAAUCCAAUCAUAACUCUGAUCCAUUGUAUACUUAUAGACCAGCGAGUCCAGGCGAUAUAAAUUUAUUAGUAGAUGGCUAUAGGUUUGCACCAUCUGGGUUUUCGUCGCACAGUAGACAAAAGAGUAAUGCUAUCAAACAUGUUUUUAGAACAACCACUGAUAGAAAAAGGCAUCAAAACUGCAAUGGCAUGGAUUGUUCGUCGAAUCGUUUUAGUUUCGCUAAAGAAACAGAGUUGGAUAAUUUAGAUAAAGAGGAUAUUUCCCUUUAUAACAACGAACCAAAGUAUAUAAAACUAAAUGUAUUGUCUUCUCAAAACCCCCCUCCUGAAAACACUUUAACUAGGAGUAAUAUAAAUAAAAUAUAUAUAACGUCUCCAAGCCCUAUAUUUCAGUUUAGAAGGAAAUCUACUGUGCCUUUGAAGCGCUCCAUGUUCACUUAUAAACGGCCAAAUAUUUUCGUAGAGAAAAGAAAAAAUUUCACAAUAACGGCUUCGAAGACAGGUGAAAAUAAGACAAUUAUAAUUAAACGUUUAGUUCCUUUAAGCGUUUUUACAGCAAACAAAAAAACAGACAAAAACACGAUGCAGCCUGGCGGAAAAACUGAAAACAGUUCUGCUGAAGAAACAACUAUUAAUAAUAUCAAAAAUGAAUAUGAGACAGAAAAUCCCAUUAUAAAUUAUUCGUAUGUCGAAGAUUAUCAUAUAGGUAGCUCAGGUGUAAUACCUGUCGAAUCUAGAACUAUGACGCCUUUUUACCCAAUGACUAUGCCUGUUAGACCUUUAACAGAAGGAACUUUAGAAAGAGCAACAACAAAUCCACCUGAAAUAAUUAAGUUCAGCCAUGAAGAUGCUAAAAUUCCAGAUCAUUAUUUAAAUUUAAGAAAAUCUGAUAAUAGCGUGGUUACAGAAACAGAUAUUGAUAAAUGGGAUUAUACUGAAUAUACUGAAAAGUACCCUGAGAUUAUUGAAACAGAAACACUCGUUAUUAAAUUGAAAAACACGAUAGAAACUACAACUAAAGCAAACAUUUCUCAAGAAAUGGAAAAUCCAGAAAAGGAUGAAAAUGAAGAUUAUAUAGAAACGACAACAUUUGGGACUUAUGUUCCUCAAAUAAAUGGACACCACAGAAGCGUGAACUAUAAAAAUUUAAUGACUCUUUUAAGAGAAAAUUCGGAGAGAUAUAGAAAAAAGAGAGUUGAGAAUCUAAUCACGACACGAACUAUUCAAAAUCUUACUUAUGUACCUAUGUACGUAGAAAUUAAAAGAAACAGGAGUAGUUUUAUAGAUGAUGAAAAUGAAAAUUAUUAA